AUGAGCAUAGACGAUAUAGAGUCGAUGGACAGCAAUGUCCAGGAAUAUAAAGACGUUGAAUCUGGAGCUUACAGAGGCGAGGAGCAUCAGAAUGACGGUCAUGAAUUGACGAGUACUAUUUCCAAAAUCAGUGGACUGGUUAAGAAAUUCACUCACGGCGAAACAAAUGACGAGGAAGACGAUCGCCAAAAGCUAGAGAAACUGAUCAGCAAUCAUUCACAGGCCAUCUCGCGUCUUCUCUCAAACUAUGAAGAAGGCUAUGGAGGUUUAGGACCAGUUGAGCAGCCGAUUGACCACGAAAAAACUGUGUCCGAGUUCACACCCGAUCCGGACACAGACUUUCAUGAAAAUGAUCCCUGGAGAUAUCCUAUUUCUGAGGAGACGCAGAUGAGACUUGUUGUGUUCGUGGACGGUGACGAGAAAAAUCCUCAAAACUGGAGCACACGCUAUAAGUGGUUUUUGACUGUGCUUUUGGGAACCGUAUGCUUCGAUGUCGCAUUGGCAUCUGCUAUUGUGACGGGAUAUAUAAAGGGGCCAAUGAAAACUUUUGGUGUCUCCCAGGAAGUUGUUAUUCUCACCGUUACUCUAUUUGUUUUGGGCUUUGGGUUUGGCCCUUUAAUGUUCGCUCCUCUGUCAGAGGAAUUCGGAAGAAACGCGGUUUACUUUUCAACAUUACUGGUUGCAGUGAUUUUCAUCAUUCCAUGUGCUGUGGCCAAGAACAUCGGAACUCUGCUUGUGUGCAGACUAAUCGACGGUCUGGCUUUUUCGGCACCAAUGUGCUUGAUUGGGGGUAGUUUGGCAGAUCUAUGGAGAAUCAAAGAAAGAGGUCUAGCUAUGACUGUCUUUUCUGCUGCUCCUUUCAUUGGUCCCGUCAUUGGUCCCUUGAUCGGUGGGUUUAUUGGUGAUAAUGCAGGUUGGAGAUGGCUCUACUGGGUGUUGCUGAUUUUCAGCGGCGCCAUAUACGUUUUGUUUGUCGUUUUGAUGCCUGAAACUUCGCACAGCACAAUUUUAAAGGCUAGAGCUAAGAAGCUCAGAAAGAUCACAGGUGACGAUAGAUACAGAGCUCUGCCUGAGCUCAAGGUCAGAACUACCAAGCAGGUUGUGGAGGAGACAUUGCUUAGGCCACUGAUCCUUCUGUCGGAACUAAUUGUGUUCCUGAUCACCAUGUACAUGUCUGUCAUUUACGGUCUGCUUUACAUGUUCUUCUUUGCAUUUCCUGUGGUUUACAGUGAAGGUAAGGGAUGGUCCGAUUCCAAGACCGGCCUCAUGUUCAUUCCAAUUGCCGUUGGUGUUUUGGUUGCUACUGCUGCCUCACCUAUAAUCAACAAGAAAUACAAUGAAAGGGCUGAAGCUUACAAAAGGAAAGGCGAGAUUCCUCCUGCUGAGCUCCGACUAAUUCCGAUGAUGAUUGGGUGUUGGUUUGUUCCUGUUGGACUAUUUUCCUUUGCGUGGUCUUCGUAUCCUCGCAUCUCCUGGGCAGGACCUUGUUUCUCGGGAUUCGCGUGCGGACUGGGUUUCAAUCUUCUUUACAAUCCGGCCAACAACUAUAUCGUGGACUCGUAUCAGCACUACGCAGCUUCUGCCCUGGCCGCAAAGACGUUCGUCAGAUCAGUGUGGGGAGCUUGUGUUCCUCUUUUCACCAUUCAAAUGUAUCACAGACUGGGCUAUCAAUGGGCGUCUAGUUUAAUGGCCUUCAUUUCGCUAGCAUGCUGUGCUAUUCCUUUUGCAUUUUACAUCUAUGGCGCCAGAAUCAGAAAAUGGAGCAAAUAUGCUUAUUCACCUACUCCUGAUGCUGCAGCCAACGACACCAACUCGGAGUCCACCGCAAACAAGAACUAG